AGUCCGGGUGCAGCCAGAGAGAGCUGGGUCGGACAUCCAGGUAAUAAUUUCAAGAUGCCCGGACGUUCGAGUUCAAGUUCAGGCUCAACUGGUUUUAUAUCCUUCAGUGGUAUAGAAUCUGCUCUCUCCUCUUUGAAAAACUUCCAAUCCUGUAUCAGCUCUGGAAUGGACACAGCUUCUAGUGUUGCCUUGGAUCUUGUGGAAACUCAGACUGAAGUGAGUAGUGAAUACAGUAUGGACAAGGCAAUGGUUGAAUUGGCCAUGAUGGAUCGGGAACUAAGCCAUUACGUAAAGGCUGUUCAGUCUGCGAUAAAUCAUGUAAAAGAAGAACGUCCAGAGAAGAUACCAGAUCUAAAAUUAUUAGUGGAGAAGAAAUUUUUGGCUUUACAGAAUAAGAAUUGUGACACAGACUUUCAAAAUAAUGCAAAAUUUGUACAGUUUAAACAACAGCUGAAAGAACUGAAGAAGCAAUAUGGUCUUCAAGCCGACAGAGAGGUUGAUGGGACAGAAGGAGUUGAUGAAGAUAUGAUUGUGACCCAGAGCCAGACCAACUUCAUCUGCCCCAUUACACAGGUGGAAAUGAAGAAACCGGUGAAAAAUAAAGUGUGUGGCCACACCUAUGAAGAGGAAGCCAUUGUUCGCAUGAUUGAGUCCAAGCACAGGCGGAAGAAAAAGGCUUGUUGCCCCAAAAUUGGCUGUAGCCACACAGAUGUGAGAAUGUCAGACCUCAUCCAGGAUGAAGCACUUAGAAGGGCCAUCGAGAGCCACAACAAGAAGAAAACUCGUCACUCCGAGUAGGACAAACACACCUCCCUACAGGGAUGUCUGCAGCC